CAGGAGACACGCCCAUAGGAGGGACAAUAGGUUGUUAAGUAGGAAGGACGUCAGUCAUAUAUCAGUUGUGUUGGUAGGCUACGUUAUACUUCAACAGGAAUUUUCAACUAUGAGCUACCCAGGAGGACAUCCCGGAGGGUACGGAGGCGCUCCUGGAGCCCCAGGCUAUGGAGGCUUUCCCGGCCAGCAGCAAGACCCUCUCUAUGGAUACUUCACUGGUGUUGCCGGCCAGGAUGGCCAGAUAUCAGCAGAGGAGCUUCAACAAUGUCUAACCCAGGCCAAUUUCUCUGGGGGAUAUAAACCUUUUAACCUGGAAACAUGUCGACUGAUGAUCAGCAUGCUGGACAGAGACAUGUCCUGCACCAUGGGCUUCAACGAGUUCAAAGAGCUGUGGAUGGUUCUCAACGGAUGGAAGCAGCACUUUACGUCCAUCGACAGAGACCAAAGUGGGACAGUGGAUUCUCAGGAGAUGAAUCAGGCGGUCACCUCUAUGGGCUACAGACUGAGCCCUCAAGCUAUGAACAGCAUCGUAAAGCGUUACAGCUCACAUGGGAAGAUCACCUUUGAUGAUUAUGUGGCGUGCUGUGUGAGACUCCGAUCCCUGACAGAUCUGUUCCGGAGGAGGGACCAGGCUGGUCAAGGGGCGGCUACAUUUCAAUAUGAUGACUUCAUCCAGUGCACCAUGACUUGCUGAAGAGGCUAAGCAUAGGACAUUUCGUGGCAUUCCGUGGUUACGGCAUGCUAUAAUACCGCUGACCAAUAUACUAGGAAUAUUAAUCAUUUAUGGUAAAGCAAGGUGCCUGCUAAAUGAAUGAAGUGUUUUUUAUGUUUUUUAACCUUUCCAUUAACACAAAUUACUUUUGUAAACAACUCAGUUUUUUAUGUCUUCCAUCACUGUGUCUAACUGGAUUUCAUGCCUUCAACGGAGAACGUAUGAAAAAAGUGUAUGAAGUAUAAUAAAUAUGUUCUAAAUACAA